UCUUCUUCCUCUCUCGCUCACUUUCCGUAUCAAUGUUUUAGGCAUCAACGCCCCUUUUACCUCUUCACUUUCUGAGACAGAGUCAGAGUCAGAGACAAACAGAGAACAAGGAUAGUUAGUGGAAUAUUUCUUGGACCAUGAAGCAUAAAGACGGAAAACCGAUCAACCUGCCAAACAAUAACAGGGCUCUCACUUUGGGAUUCACGGUUAUUGCUCUAUGUGGUCUUUCUUUCUAUCUGGGUGGAAUAUUUCAUUCUGGGAAGAAUGGGGUUGUCAUCAAUACCAUUCAGAAGACUCUUGGACCUACUAAGCAAUCUUCAGGUUCUCUGCAAAUUAAGCCCAUCAGUUUCCCUGAAUGCGGCAUUGAUUAUCAGGACUACACCCCAUGCACAGAUCCGAAGAGAUGGAGAAAGUAUGGCACCUAUAGGCUUACUUUGUUGGAACGCCAUUGCCCUCCAAUUUUUGAGAAGAAAGAAUGCUUAGUUCCUCCCCCAGAUGGAUACAAACCUCCAAUCAGAUGGCCAAAGAGUAGAGAUGAAUGUUGGUACAGGAAUGUGCCAUAUGAUUGGAUUAACAAGCAGAAGUCUAAUCAGCAUUGGUUGUUAAAGGAAGGGGAGAAAUUCCUCUUUCCAGGUGGGGGUACUAUGUUCCCCAAUGGUGUUGGUGAAUAUGUUGAUUUAAUGCAAGACCUGAUCCCAGAAAUGAAAGAUGGGACUGUGCGAACUGCCAUUGAUACUGGUUGUGGGGUUGCUAGCUGGGGUGGUGACUUGUUGGAUCGUGGGAUUCUUACAGUUUCUCUUGCCCCAAGAGAUAACCAUGAAGCUCAGGUUCAAUUUGCUUUGGAGCGUGGUAUCCCUGCAGUUCUUGGCGUCAUUUCUACUCAGAGACUUCCUUUCCCAUCAAACUCCUUUGAUAUGGCUCAUUGCUCUAGAUGCCUUAUCCCAUGGACAGAAUUUGGUGGAAUUUAUCUCCUUGAAAUACACCGUAUUCUUCGCCCCGGAGGAUUUUGGGUUUUGUCUGGUCCACCAGUAAACUAUGAGCGUAGGUGGCGUGGAUGGAACACAACCAUCGAAGAACAAAGAUCAGACUACGAAAAGUUGCAGGACUUGCUCACCUCAAUGUGCUUUAAAUUGUAUAACAAAAAGGAUGACAUUGCUGUAUGGCAGAAGGCUAAAGAUAACAAUUGCUAUGAUAAACUCGCCAGAGAUACCUAUCCACCAAAGUGUGAUGACAGCCUUGAACCAGAUUCAGCAUGGUACACUCCACUUCGUGCUUGCUUUGUGGUUCCAGAUCCUAAGUAUAAGAAAUCAGCUCUCACAUACAUGUCUAAGUGGCCUGAACGUUUACAUGCUACCCCUGAACGGAUUACAUCGGUUCAUGGUACGAGUACUAGUGCUUUCGGUCAUGAUAAUGGUAAGUGGAAAAAGCGCGUUCAGCACUACAAGAAGUUGCUGCCUGAACUUGGGACUGAGAAGAUAAGAAAUGUGAUGGACAUGAACACAUUAUAUGGAGGUUUUGCUGCGUCCUUGAUCAAUGAUCCCUUGUGGGUCAUGAAUGUAGUCUCAUCUUAUGGUCCCAAUACACUCCCCGUGGUAUAUGAUCGAGGCCUCAUUGGAACCUUCCAUGACUGGUGUGAAGCUUUUUCAACAUAUCCUCGAACUUAUGACCUUCUUCAUCUCGAUGGACUCUUCACUGCGGAGAGCCAAAGAUGUGAAAUGAAGUAUGUGUUGUUGGAAAUGGACCGAAUUUUAAGGCCUGGUGGCCAUGCUAUCAUUCGAGAGUCUAGUUAUUUUGUGGAUGCCAUUGCAACUAUUGCCAAGGGUAUGCGAUGGGCAUGUCGUAAAGAAAACACUGAAUAUGGCGUUGAGAAAGAGAAGAUAUUGAUAUGCCAGAAAAAGCUAUGGCAGUCAUCCAACAAAGGUUCAAGAUGACAAACUCUAGAGCCUGUGCGGUGAUGAGGGGGGGUGGCUAGAAUCGUAAUUCCAGAAGUAGAAGCUAAGAGAAACGAAUUCAGAGCCACUCUCAACAAAGAUUGACUAUUCAUUCUAUAAUAUAGAAGCCAGGAAUCAGUCAAGCUCAAAUUUAUCAAAUGAAGAAUUGGUAACUCAAUAAUCUGAUUUUGUUAAGUUAUAUAGAAAUUAUUCAUAUAGAUAUAUUCUUUCUUUAUAUGGCAUCAAAUGUAUCAGGUACCUUUCUCGUUUAUCUAAUUUUUUGUUGUGCAAUAUCCAAGUGAAGAACUGUAAGUUUAAAAUCCCACAGAAAGCAUAUGAUAUGCUAUUUAUACAUGAAUUGGAAUUCCUUACAAGAGAAUAAUACGACGUUUUGUAUUGAU